AUGGCGGAUAUCAAGAACUGGGAGAACUGGGGCCAAGGGGAGAUAUGUAUGACAAAUCUGAAGACAACGCAGGAUAUCAGGAACUGGGAAAACAUUGCAUUAAACAAGUCUGCCUGGCAACAGUUUCCCUUUUCUACGUUGAGAUGGGGAGCGGAUAAAGCUGUCGAUGGACGAUUUUCAAAACGAUCUGCUGAAGGAGGACAAUGUACGAUAUCGGCCGAUAAAAAACGAACUGCAACCUGGUGGGUGGAUCUUGGAAGAAUAUUCAACUCAACCAAUGGAUACACAGCCCGGUUCCUUGGAUUCUCAGUUUACAUAUCUAACACAACUGACAAAGAUGAAGGAACUCUAUGUUAUAAGGACACAACAUAUUCCAGAAGCACAAUACCGAAUGUUAUUACCAUAGAAUGCGUACAUCAUGGACAAUAUGUUAUUUAUUAUAAUGAGAGAAGAAAGAAACACCGUUCUGGAUAUUCCCUUCACGCAUUUAAUGAACUCUGUGAAUUUGAAGUUUAUGGAUGCUCAAUCUCUGAUGUUUACGGAGAAAAUUGUGACUUACCAUGUCCUCAGAAUUGCCAAGACAGACAUUGUAACAUUGUGGAUGGGACGUGUCUUGGGUGUAUUACUGGAUACAAAGGUUCACGAUGUAACGAAAAAUGUGAUGGGCGAAUGUACGGACAGGACUGUAAUCAGUCGUGUGGUUUGUGUUUUAAUUCAGAACAAUGUCACCACAUAAAUGGAACAUGUUUUAAAGGGUGUGACAAAGGAUUUUAUGGAGAAAAAUGUACUGAAGCAUGUCUGGAUGGAUGUUUUGGAUACAACUAUCAAGAGACGUGUAGCAAUUGCAGUGUUCCUCAGGGAUGUGACACAAUAUCAGGGAUAUUAAUUGGAAAGUAUUCAGAUUCUGACACAAACAGCCAGUGCUAUCAUUCUUUGUAUGGAAUACUUUCUUCUCUUUGCUCAAGUGUUGGUUUAAACAUCAUUUUAAUCAUACGGAUAUGUAGAAAUAAGGUUGCACAAGGACACGGUCAUCAUGGGAAAAGUACAGAACAGUCAUCCACGGAACAAACCACGCCUAACAUACAGAUCUAUGACAGAAUAGAUGACAAUGAAGAAUACUUGUACGAAGAACUUGCUCAAUUAAAUCAAACCUCUCAUUAUGAUCAAUUACACUAGUUGAAACUGGGAGUUUGUGAAAGGUGUGAAUGUGAGGCUAUCAAUUAUACGUCAAAAAUAUCAACACUAUCAAGUUUAGAUGCACUUGUGCAAUUCGAACAUAAAAUGAAAAAAAAGUCCUAUACAAUACAUUGGUUCAUGAUAUCAUGAAGCUGAUUUAUUGUUUGAAAGCCAUUAAAUGUUCAAUUCAAGAAAUGGAAAAGAAUGAUCAUUACAUAGGGCUCAAGGCGGGUGUGACCGGUAGACAGGAGAUGCUUACUACUCCUAGGCACCUGAUCCCACCUCUGCAAUAACCGGGGAUCCGUGUUUUAUGCCAUUUUCAAAGUUGUGUAUUGUUUGUAGAUUUUUGUGAGAUCGAUCACUGUUCGUUAUAUUAACUUUUUUUUUCAUUUUUAACAAUUAUAUCUUAGCCCCAUGUAUAUAUAAUGUAAAUCUAUAAAACAUAUUUGAAUUUGAAUAAAUGUCACAA